AUGCGCGGGCGCGAUGAUGAUUACGUGGAUAGCACAAAGCUCGAAGAUGAUUCUGAUGAGAUGAUGGAAGAGCAAUCGGACGAUUCAGAUGAGUUCCACGCCCUUCCGUCACUGCCUAAUGCGUCGCUACGCACGGCUCUUGCAGAGAGAUCGAGCGCCAAACGCAAGAAUGAUGAAGGGCAUGGGGAUGAAUUUAAACGUACCAAUAAGUCGGCAGCUUCAAGACGUGAUCGUCAAAUUCAGAAAGGAAAUGCUUACAGCUGGGAGGCCACAUAUCAGCGUUCAUGGGAUCAUGUCCAGGAAGACGAAAGCGGCAAUUUGGAAAGUGCUGUUCGCCAAAUAAUCGACAUAAACAAGCGUAAGAGGAGCUUGCGCGAUAGCAUACCGGUACAACGGGGUAUUAUACGUCACUUUGUUUUAAUUCUAGAUCUGAGUGAAGACAUGAAUGACCGCGAUCUACGACCCACACGCUUUGACCUUACUUUGCAGCUUGCGCGCCAAUUUGUGACUGAAUACUUCGACCAAAACCCGAUUGGGCAACUCGCUAUAAUCUGUGCGCGCGAUGGCCUAGCUGAGCGUCUCUCACUUAUGGGUGGUAACACAUUCGACCACGGCGCUGUCUUGGCCAGUCGACGAAAACUUGAGCCGCGUGGUGAGCCAAGUAUUCAGAAUUCGCUGGAAAUGGCGCGAAGCUCGCUUUCCCACUUACCAAGCUCGAAUACCCGUGAAAUUCUAUAUAUAUCAGCCUCACUCACUACUGUGGAUCCCGGCAAUAUAUACCAAACCAUCGAUAAGUUAGUUGAGGAGCAUAUCCAGGUUUCUGUUAUUUCACUUGCCGCUGAGCUUCGAGUCUUUAAAGAACUGUGCACACGAACAGGAGGUGACUUCAAUGUGGUUCUGAACGAGGAUCAUUACAAGGAACUUUUGAUGAAGCACGUACCUCCUCGGGUCGUGACUGAGACUCCAUCCACAUCGACAGAGGAAAAGAAAAAUGACUUGCUCGUUAUGGGAUUUCCCCGCCGUAUCCCCUUUCAUGCACCCCCUUCGUUUUGCGCGUGUCAUGGCCGUCCGAUGACUGGAACGAAAGGUUUAUCAUUCUCGGAUAGAGGCUCUGCUCCAGUUGGAUAUACUUGUCCGAGAUGCUCAUCCCGUGUAUGUCAAGUGCCCACGGAUUGUCCGACGUGUGGUAUUACUGUGAUUAUGAGUACUCACCUUGCCCGGAGUUAUCACCACCUAUUUCCUGUGCAAAACUAUGAGCCAGUAGCUUGGGAAGCUGUAACUGAAUCCUCACCGUUAUCCUGUUUCGCUUGUGCAUUCCCAUUCCCACCCCGUCCCAGUGACAUAAACGAAGCGUCUGUCGCACGCACAACUAUGGAUGUAACAUUAGCCCCUUCAUCUCGCUACAUGUGUCCGAAAUGUCAUCAGCACUUUUGUCUCGAGUGCGACGCAUUUGUUCAAGAACACUUGCAUACCUGUCCAGGCUGUACAUGA